AUGGGGGUCAAAACUGAUUUGCAACCCGAGUAUGGAGAAAGACGUACUCGUUUGCCUCCCGGGCCUUGGAAUUUGUCAAGAGCAGAGAAGAGAGAGGUUUGCAAUUCUUUCUAUGGUAUGAAGGUCCCUGAAGGUUAUUCUUCAAAUAUAAAAAAUCUUGUAUCUUUACAAGAUUCAAGACUUCUUGGCCUUAAAUCACAUGAUUGUCAUACCUUAAUGCAACAAUUGCUCCCUGUGGCAAUUCGUUCUGUUUUGGAGAAGCCUGCAAGGUAUGCAAUAACUCGUUUGUGCUUCUUCUUCAAUGCUAUAUGUGCAAAGACUGUUGAUGUUUCCAAGCUAGAUAAGUUGGAAGAAGAUGUAGUAGUUACUUUGUGUUUGCUUGAGAAGUACUUUCCCCCUUCAUUCUUUGAUAUCAUGGUUCAUCUAGUAGUACAUCUUGUCAGAGAAGUUCGUCUGUGUGGGCCAGUAUAUUUUAGAUGGAUGUAUCCGUUUGAAAGAUAUAUGAAAGUGCUAAAGGGGUAUGUUCAGAAUCGUACUCGUCCCGAAGGUGCAUUGCUGAGCGGUUGCACAGUGAGCGUAGUUGAUCGGGACCUGUUGAACCAAGCACAUCUAUAUGUCUUGGAGAAUACGGAGGAAGUCCUACCUUAUAUCGAGCAACAUAUGAUCCACAUCCAGACCGCUUAUCCAAAAUUUAGAAAGAGAACAAAGUGGCUGCAGGAUAAGCACAAUAGCACUUUCAUUCAAUGGCUACGCUUCAAGGUUCAAAGUGAACUUAAUGAGGACAAUCAUGGCGUAUCAGAAAAUUUAAGGUGGCUAGCAGCUGGUCCAAACAUGGCAGUGCCAUUAUAUAGGAGCUAUCUCAUUAAAGGUAUUAAAUUCAACAUCAAGGCACAAGAUGAUGUGCGGACAACUCAAAAUAGUGGAGUUUAUUUACUUGCACAUACUAUGCAAGUUGCUAGUGCCAAGGAUAAAAACCCAAUUCUCUCAAAUAUGGGUUUCUAUGGUGUCAUUCAAGAAAUUUGGGACCUUGACUACCAAAAGUUUACAAUCCCAGUCUUUAGGUGUGAUUGGAUUGAUAAUACUUCUGGUCUUGUAGUGGACGAACUUGGAUUUACCCUUGUAGAUUUGAGUAAAAUUGGACAUAGGAAUGACCAAUUUGUUUUGGCUUCUCAAGUCAAACAAGUAUUUUUUGUUGACGACCCGAUGCAUCGUGGGUUGGUCGGUAGUGUUAUCAAUGCCUAA